AUGCUACAGAAUUGCCUAGCCAAAGUGGUGGAGGAAAAUCCAAGGAGGUGGCCAGAACAACUGUUUGAGGUUUUAUGGGCAUUCACGACGUCGCAACAGACAAUCACAGGGAUGACACCGUUCAUCCUGAUAUAUGGACAUGAUAUAGUCUUACCCAUGGAGAUAAGUGUUAAGUCUGCCAGAGUGGUAUUCCAACAGGGGUUCACGUCGGCCACAUACAGUGAGGCCAUGUUGGCUGAACUUGAGGACUUGGAUGAGGAGUGCCUCACAGCCUUUGACCAAAUUCUGGUACAAAAGGAGAAGGUGGCAGCUAUCUACAAUAGAAAGAUGGUUGCCAAGAGCUUCCAGGAGGGGGAGUCGGUGUUGAAGGCCGUCCUACCAGUUGGGACUAAAGAUCCAGUCUAUGGUAAGUGGUCCCCCACUUGGGAAGGGCCAUUCAUAGUUCACCAGUUACUCAGGGGAGGGGCUUACAGGAUAAAAGAAAUUGAAGGGGCUGUCCAUUUAAAGCCCAUUAAUGGGAAGUUUCUCAAAAGGUUCCACCCCAUGAUGUGGGACCUGGGGUGA